GAAUUUUGCUUCAUUUCUUAAACACUGAAUUUUUAGAGUAGCAUCUUCCAAACUGUCUUUUGGUUGUACUUCCAACAGUUUUCAUGCCGAAAGAGAAGACUAUUUUUGUUGUACUCUUAAUGUUUUUAAUUUCAACAAACAUUUGUGUGUUGCUAGGACAGAAAAUUUACUUGAAUAUAUGUAUAUUUUUAUUGCAGUUAUUAUUAAUGCAAAUCACUGUGAUAGGCUCAGCCUAAAUGCCUGUGUUUUGGUUUGGGGCAUACAGAAUGGGAGGCAAAUUUGUAAAGAGGCCAUCCGGCAUGUAAGCAAACUUUGUGGGAAUUUUAAAUGUAAUUACUGUGAUGCAUUCAGUAGCUUAUCUAUGGUGAUUCUCUGAGGAAAUGAAAAUCAGGUUAACUAUAUAGGAGAAAGUAAAUCUAUACUUGGGAAUAAUUAAACUGUUUUAAAAGUUGUACUUUCUCAGAGAUCCUUAGAAAGUACCUUUAAAAGAUCAAAAAUAAGGGCUGAGUGCAGCUCAGUGAUAGAGUGCUUGACUAACUUGCACAGGCUCCUGGAUUCCAUUUCCACACCACCCAAAAAAAAAAAAAAAAAAAAAGAGUAUUUACACACCUGAGGCAUAUAACUGAUACAAACUUGCAUUUUGUAUGCAGGUUGAUAUAAGAGAGAUGGGCUAUAACUAAGAUUUUAUUUUCAAAAUUGCUUUAAAACAAAUCUGAUGCUUUAAGAUUUAACAAAUCUUAAAGCAUUUUGCUUUCUUAGCUAAUUAGAAUCAAGUACCCAUAACUGUGUUCCCACUGUGACACCAAACACUAUUGUGUUAUGUGUAGGCUUUACGGUACUUCAGAAGUGAUAUUAAAACUCAGUUAUACUCAAAUUUACCUUCUCUGAAACUUAUGCACAUUCACUAGUUAAAAGAAAUGUUCUUAUAAACCCUUGUUUCUGCAGAAUUCAACUGAAACUCCAAAAUUGAGAAGAUCUUCAUGUUAAUAAAGUAUCAUCAGGAGGAGCCUUAAAAACACAUUAUGCGACUCCUUGUCCUGAUAGAUAAGAGGUCACUGGUCUAGAACCUUUAUAGAAUUAAGCAUAUAAGUCAGGGGACAUGCCAGGGUUCAACCCCCUUUCUCCUCUGCCUCAACCUGGUGCUGAGGAAUAGCCAGAAUUUUUGCCCUUUGGUGUAGAAUUAGGGAGUGUUAUUUAAUCCAAUAUGCUUGGUAGUAUUCUCCAAAAUAGAAAACUAAGAAAUUCCAUUCUACCAUCCUAGUAUUUUUCCUAUUAAAAAUAUGAGACCUGGGGGGGGCUUUACAUUUCCCUGGAUGUUUUGUGCCUUGGGGUGAUAAUUGGUAGCAUCAAGUGACUAAAUCCCUUUUGUUAUUUAUGUGAAGGUUCUGCUGAGGGUGCAGUUCUUGCCUGUCCACCUUUCAUCCAGCCAGGACUGUAGGGAUGGGGCAGUAUUUAGUGUCAUAUAGCAUGACUCACUGUAGACACAGAGGCCUCCACACACUAAUCCUUAUUCUCUGUUUUAUUGAGUAAAAUAACUCUUAAUAUCGAGAAAGGGUCAAAUUUAAAGAAAAAAAUGCUUCUUGUUUGAUGUGUUUUAGUUUAUCAUUGAAUAUUCUUCUGAGAGAAAUUCACUGUUUAAAAAAGUUUUCCAUUUCCAUGAUCUAAAAUAAUGACUGUAGUUGAGAUGACCUUGCCACGGAUCAGAAACUAUACUUUUAAACCAAAAAAGGCUUUGAAUGCAAAGCUUUUAAGAAAUCUGGUGUGAAUACAAACUUGAUCUGCACAAACGUGUUUUAUAAUAUUAAUACUUAGCUUUGCCCCAGGCUGUCUGCAGUGUUGUUACUAUGCAAAGAAUGCUGGUUGGUGGUGGUGGCUUUUUUCUUUGUUGGCUAUUAAUCCAGUGAAGAUAAUGCGUGACUCUAGUAGUACUUGGAAAUUCUAGCGUUAAACAAGCUAGCUUCCAUUCCCUCAGAGAGAUGAUUUUUUGGCAUUUAAAACUCAUGCUUUUAGAAAACGGGUUUAGAUGUGUGUAAAUGCAGGGUUAAUCCUCCACACCCUUGACUCUAGAACUGUUGACAAAGCUAUGCUUUGCAGAUUUUAAAAUAAACUUUUUGUCAUUCAUUGCAGUUUGGUAUUUUCCCCUUCUUAAUUUUUUAACCCCCUCCUAAAUAAACCUCUAAUGUUUCUGGAUCAUAGAAAAUACUAAGUUUGAAACAGAAUAACUACAAGACUACCCAGACUAACAACAAACCCGAUGACAGUUUUUUGAAUGUGCCCUUUUAUUUCUUAGGUCCUUUUUGGCUUACUGCAGAUAGCAAGAUUCCAUGUUUGAAUCCCAACUGGGGUAAUAUUGCCGACUUCCUACUGGAAAAGAGUCGGCUCCAAGCAGCAUUUUUUUCUGUAUGGUAUUUUAAGUUAAAUUACUAUAGAAAACCACAUGCAUAUCCGCCUUCAAUUUUCCCUGAUGUUUUCUGUAUGGGUGUGAAGGGGUUCACCUAUCUGGCAUAUAAGAGAAUAUUUUAUUCAGCUGAGUUCUUUUUGUCUGGUACUUCUGUAUGUGUGGAUCCUAUUACAUGUGAGAGGCACAUGUGCCCCUUUUAAAUGAAAAAUGUUCAUAGUAGCAAGAGGCAGCCCAGAUGCACAGCUGGCUGUGUAGUAAAUUGUGCCCCACGAAGCUAUUUUGUUACUUGUAGAUCAUGGUCUAAUUAUUUCCCACUAAAGGGACACUAAUUCUGUGGGGUGUGUAAUCGUAUUUAUAGUACCUUUUAUUAGUUUGCAUUCCGUCAUGGUAGUGUAGUGAUAUCAUAAAUAACAGAAACAUAACCUCUGAUGCUUGUGAACUACCCCCUCCCCAUGCAGCUAAGCUGUACUUGUCAUUAUUUGCUGUGGUGGAGAGGUGGGGACAUACCAGUGUGUGCUUGUGUUUAGUGCCGGAUCCCUGGCACCGGUUAGAGAGUCCCAGGGCUCUGAGUAGUUGGGAAAGAAAUGUCCCAUGAAUGUGAUGCGGGCAGAUUUACAGCAGCACAGCUCGAGGUGUGUUUGCUGCCUCAGUAAGCUGCGCAGCUCCCCGCUGGGCUGCUGCUUUCUGACGGGACAGCAGCAGCUGGGAAGGUGCUGUUUCAUGCUCUUGCUGUUUUAAAAAAAAAAAAAAAUAGGGAGAGGGGGGAAACUGCACAGAGUCCACAAGCUGGCAUUGGAGGGGGAGAGCACGGUCAUGUGGUUCUGGCCAUCCUACCCUCUGUCACAGUGUAGAUGAGAGCUUUUUGCUCUUAUCCAAUCAUGCCUGGAAUGCCGCUUGCCACUUGGGCUAUUUCUGCUAUCUGUCGCUCUUGGUGCGGCAGUGCUAACAGUUUGGCAGAUGGGACACUUUUUCUUGGAGUUGGUGUCGUUGGUUUUUGACUUCUGGCAGUGCCGGGCUUGUUGUUGCCGCUCGCCCUCUCCCUCCCGGCCCCCCUGGUCACCAUGGCCCAUCGGCUGCGGUUUCAUUUUGGCUCUAGUCGCAGCAACACAGCCCCCGAGUCAGAGAUCCUAGACCAGGAGAGAGAAGACGACUUUUUCAUGGCAUUCCACACCCUCCCGCGGAGGAGCGGCCCGCACCCUUUCGCCCAGAACGGACGGGAGGACAGUGGCAGUGGCCUACAAGAAGGCGUGGGCGCACUCAAGCGCAGCACGUCCAUGUUCAUCCCGCAGCUGCUCACGGGCAUUGACGCCCGCCCCACCCGCAGCUCAUCGGUGCAGAUCUCCCUGCAGCGUAAGGCCGCUGAUGGUGCCACCGACGGGUGCGGGCCACCGGAAGGCCCUGAUGACCGACCCCCGAGCACUGCCUCCGACUUCGGGGACCAGGUUACCACCGCCUUGGCCACAAGAGCCUCGUCUCAGAGCAGCUCUCAGGACCCCUCACCAGGGGACACCCCCGGGAGCUCCCCUCCAAGGGCAGCCCGAGACCCGGGGCCCCAGGUCAAUGGCACAUGUGGCCGCCGCGUGCGAUGCCCUGGUCCAGCCAACAGCACCGAGGAGGCCACCCCUGGCCUUCGCAUCCAGCACCGAGCCUCCAGUGCAGAUGUGCGCCAGGUGCGGCUGCUGCCUUUGGGCCCCGACGGCCAGUCAGGCCCGGCUGCGCCUGAACCCAGGCGUUGGUCCUUGCAGCAUGUUCCAGAUGCUUCUGGAAGCUCUGGGAAACGGUGCUUUGUCUUCCAGUUGCAGCAGCCCCAACCAGGUGCUCCAGGACUGGGCGGGGACUUCAAUUUUGGCUUCACCGGCACAAAGGGCGACAGGUUGGUGAGGUAUCCCCGUAUUCGGCUAGAGAGGAGCACUUCUUAUCCUACCCAGCCCCGAGCAGGGCGGGGGAGCCCUACAGAAGACCGAGGAGCCCCAGAGGCGCCACCUCGGGCUGGCAGGAUGGCUCCAGAGAUUCGUAGGACGAAUUCCAUGGAGAGGACUCCACAGGGUCAAGGGUGCACGUUUAAGAUCAGGCAAGAUCAAAACGCAGGGCAGCAGCAUUUCCGAAUUCUUGUUACUCGGGGACCUGAUGAAGACCCCCAGAAUCCCGAGGAGGAGAAUAUCAAGAGCCCUACUUCCCCAGGAGCCAGUGCCCUGACACGAGACGACUUCCUGGGCCAGGUGGACGUGCCCCUUAGUCACCUUCCGACAGAAGAUCCAACCAUGGAGCGACCCUAUACAUUUAAGGAUUUUCUUCUCCGCCCAAGAAGUCAUAAAUCUCGAGUGAAGGGAUUUUUGCGGCUGAAAAUGGCCUACAUGCCGAAAAACGGAGGUCAAGAUGACGAGAACAGUGAGCAGAGGGACGACAUGGAGCAUGGGUGGGAAGUUGUUGACUCCAACGACUCGGCUUCUCAGCACCAGGAGGAGCUUCCCCCUCCCCCUUUGCCCCCAGGGUGGGAAGAGAAGGUGGACAACUUGGGACGUACUUACUAUGUCAAUCACAACAACCGGACCACGCAGUGGCACCGCCCCAGCCUAAUGGACGUGUCCUCGGAGUCGGACAAUAACAUCAGGCAGAUCAACCAGGAGGCCGCACACCGACGCUUCCGCUCUCGGAGGCACAUCAGCGAGGAUUUGGAGCCCGAGGCCUCGGAAGGCGGGGAGACCCCUGAGCCUUGGGAGACCAUUUCAGAAGAAGUGAAUAUGGCUGGAGACUCGCUUGGCCUGGCUCUGCCCCCACCGCCCUCCUCCCCAGUGUCUCGAACCAGCCCUCAGGAGCUGUCAGAGGAACUAAGCAGAAGGCUUCAGAUCACUCCAGACUCCAAUGGGGAACAGUUCAGUUCUCUGAUUCAGAGAGAGCCUUCCUCAAGGCUGCGGUCCUGCAGUGUCACCGACGCGGUUGCAGAGCAGGCCCACCUACCACCGCCCAAUACCCCAACUAGGAGAGCACGGUCGUCCACAGUCUCGGGUGGUGAGGAGCCAACGCCAUCAGUGGCCUAUGUACAUACCACGCCGGGCCUACCUUCAGGCUGGGAAGAAAGAAAAGAUGCUAAGGGACGCACAUACUAUGUCAAUCAUAACAAUCGAACCACAACUUGGACGCGACCAAUCAUGCAGCUUGCAGAAGAUGGUGCCUCCGGAUCAGCCACAAACAGUAACAACCACCUAAUCGAGCCUCAGAUCCGCCGGCCUCGUAGCCUCAGUUCGCCAACUGUAACUUUAUCUGCCCCACUGGAGGGUGCCAAGGAUUCGCCCAUUCGCCGGGCUGUGAAAGAUACCCUUUCCAAUCCACAGUCCCCACAGCCAUCACCUUACAACUCCCCCAAACCACAACACAAAGUCACACAGAGCUUCCUGCCACCGGGCUGGGAAAUGAGGAUAGCUCCCAACGGCCGGCCCUUCUUCAUUGACCAUAACACAAAGACUACGACAUGGGAAGAUCCACGCCUGAAGUUUCCAGUACACAUGCGGUCAAAGGCAUCGUUAAACCCCAAUGACCUCGGCCCUCUUCCUCCUGGUUGGGAAGAAAGAAUUCACCUGGAUGGACGGACGUUUUACAUUGAUCAUAACAGCCAGGUGUUAUGUGGAGAGAAUGACCCCCGAGACUCAGUGCCCUCGUACGAUAGCAAAAUUACUCAAUGGGAAGACCCAAGACUGCAGAACCCAGCCAUCACUGGCCCGGCUGUUCCAUACUCCAGAGAAUUUAAGCAGAAAUAUGACUACUUUAGGAAGAAAUUAAAGAAACCCGCUGAUAUUCCAAACAGGUUUGAAAUGAAAUUACACAGAAAUAACAUAUUUGAAGAGUCCUACCGGAGAAUCAUGUCUGUAAAAAGACCUGAUGUCCUAAAAGCUAGACUGUGGAUUGAAUUUGAAUCCGAGAAAGGUCUAGACUAUGGGGGCGUGGCCAGAGAAUGGUUCUUCUUGCUGUCCAAAGAGAUGUUCAACCCCUACUACGGUCUCUUCGAGUACUCUGCAACGGACAACUACACACUUCAGAUCAAUCCCAAUUCGGGCCUCUGUAACGAAGAUCAUUUGUCCUACUUCACUUUUAUUGGGAGAGUUGCUGGUCUGGCAGUAUUUCAUGGGAAACUCUUAGAUGGUUUCUUCAUUCGACCAUUUUACAAGAUGAUGUUGGGAAAGCAGAUAACUCUGAAUGACAUGGAAUCUGUGGAUAGUGAAUACUACAACUCUUUGAAGUGGAUCUUAGAAAAUGAUCCUACUGAACUGGACCUCAUGUUCUGCAUCGAUGAAGAGAACUUUGGGCAGACAUACCAAGUGGAUUUGAAACCCAAUGGGUCCGAGAUAAUGGUAACAAAUGAAAACAAAAGGGAAUAUAUUGACUUAGUCAUCCAGUGGAGAUUUGUGAACAGGGUCCAGAAGCAAAUGAACGCCUUCUUGGAGGGAUUCACAGAAUUGCUUCCAAUUGAUUUGAUUAAAAUUUUUGAUGAAAAUGAGCUGGAGUUGCUCAUGUGCGGCCUGGGUGACGUCGAUGUGAACGACUGGAGACAGCAUUCUAUUUACAAGAAUGGCUACUGCCCAAACCACCCUGUCAUUCAGUGGUUCUGGAAGGCUGUGCUUCUGAUGGAUGCAGAGAAGCGGAUCCGGUUACUGCAGUUUGUCACAGGGACAUCCCGAGUACCCAUGAAUGGAUUUGCCGAACUUUAUGGUUCCAAUGGUCCUCAGCUGUUUACAAUAGAGCAAUGGGGCAGUCCUGAAAAGCUGCCCAGAGCUCACACAUGCUUUAAUCGCCUUGACUUACCUCCAUAUGAAACCUUUGAAGAUUUACGAGAGAAGCUUCUCAUGGCCGUGGAAAACGCACAGGGAUUUGAAGGGGUGGAUUAAGGCCUUCUGACUCGGGGCUGUCCAUCAAGCAAGUUCCCCUUGCACUUUUGCAUUUGCCUAACAGACUUUUGCAGAGCAGGGGGCAGAGACCACUGCACGUGCUGUCUGAGCCCGGCCUCCACCCGGGCCCUGCCCGAGUUCAGAUGCGGGAACCCAGUCCCAGCUCGAGUUCCCACCUCUUCUACCACAAAUCCUCAACUGGUUGAUGUGUACACUAAUUACAUUUCAGGAGGACUUGUUCUAUUUAUGUUGUGCCUCUGCAGGCAAAGCCCUUAAUAAAUAUUUUGCAUACUUUCUAAUGACAAUGAAUGGAAUUAAUCACUCCACAGGUAUAGUAUUACAACUCAUGUUUACUUUUUAAAAUGAUUUAGACCGAUUUUCAGAUUUUAUUUCAUUACAAUUAAAGAUGUCUCAUGUACUUAGAAAGUGAGCAUAUUUUUUUUGUAUUUGAAUUUCAUACCAAGCUUAAUGUUAAUGACAUUUUUAUUUUUGAAGUACUUUGACACCCCUCCACCCUCUACUUUAUUAGAACUGGAAGGCUCACUUUUGUCCAAAAGCCUUCCACAGACAAGUACUUUUGAAAGAAUUUCAAAUAAAGCAUUAGGCAUAAUGAUAAUUUUUCCAUACUCAGAAUGAAAAUAAACUGGAUAUUACUUUCUUUUGUACAAAUUUAGGUAAUAGCUACAGGCUGAGAGAAUUGUAACAUAGCAUGACAUUUGUGUUAACUUGAAAGGAAUCACACCAUUAUUCCUUAGAAGUAAUUGUGUGUGCUAUAACACAUUUGAGGCAGGGUUGGACUAUCAUUUCUCAUUGGAGAAAUUACUUAACCCUUCCUUGCUGUACAGUCAUCAUUUUAUUAUAUUUUCCCCUUUGCUGUCUGUCAUAGAGACAUUUUGAAUGAAACUUGGCAUUGCUUGAUUCGAAACUGCGGAAGCCAGAUCCGUUCUGUCUCCUCCGGGUGUGCAUUUGCCAACGGCGGCAAAGUAACCGGUUCCUGCUCUAACUGCGCCACUUCUGAAGGCACUUUAUGUACUACGCGGAGGUCAUAUCUGGUUCCAUUUUUGUUUUUUAACAUACACAUUAAGUGUGACGAUGAUUUCUUCUCCCUGCGCACAUCUUUCCUGUGCGAUGUCUAUCAGUUGUGAAUCUGGCUGCUGGUGUAUAGAAACCCGGAUGAAAAGCUGAGCCUACAGACCUGUCCUCUCCAAUUGUUUUGUGACUUCUACUCGACUACAAGGAUUUAUUUAAUAUACACUUAAUGGAACCGAGUUCUGUUCCCUAUGACCUGGUGCAUGCUUCAGUACCGUGUCCCGCCCAAGUCGUGUCUGUUGUACACUAGAUUAACAGACUCAGUUUGCUCCACUGAGGUCAAGCUGCUAAACUGGGGGUGGCGGAGGAUUGAGGGUGUGUGCACAGUUUGCUGCUUUUCCACUUUUAAGUCUCGUUGCAGAAUUCUGUCAUGUUUAGAGACUAUGUCUGAGACAGCGUGGGAGUGCAGUUGUCCUACCAUCCCUUUUAACUUGUGUUGUGGUUGUUGGGGAGCACUGGAGGUUUGAUUUCUUGGCAGGCAUAUUUAAGACAAAAAAUUGUGAUUUUGAAGUCUCUGUAAUAGAAGAAAGAGCUCUGGUGUAAGAAUUUGCUCAUAUGCAAAUUAUGCAGCUCCGAAUGGCACGUGAGAUGCCCUGGGCGGCUGUGGCUGUGAAGAAGCACCGAGGCCUCAAGUUACAGAAGGUGGAUUGCUGUGGAGCUCAGUGCUGGCUCCUGUUCAUAGUGGCUUAAAAUACCUAGGAGUGACCAGAAAACUUACAUGCUAAGUAAUUAUAAAAAAUGAUGUUGCUCAUUUUUUUUUUUUUUGCCUUUUGGUGGGAAAUUUUCCCAUAAAACCAACAUGACAAAUGUCUCAGUGGUAAAGGUCCCUUUUUUGUUGCCCUCCUAGUCCAAAGUUAUAGUAAUCUUUAAAAAAAAAAAAAAUCAUGCCAUUUGAGUUGAGCAGAGUCCUUGGAUGAAUUUUGAGAAUGAUCAGGUCAUUAUAGGAGGAGAAAUCUAAUUUCUACUGUGAAAACUGGGAUUCUUCAGUCAUUUCAUAAACUGUGUGCAUUUCAUGAAUAUUUUGAUUUUUUGAAAACAAACUAGCCCAGGUAUUGAAAAUAAGAAAAUAGAAACUAUUCUCAUCAUUUUUAAGCCAGGAACAGGAGAAUUAUUGAAAUAUGCCCCUGAGAAUAUUUGAACGAUGGUAAUUGUGAAUGGCACAUUAGUUUAUCUACCCCUUGAUACUCCUCCAAUUUUUAACAAUUAAACAUUGCUGGAUUUGGGGUUUGGUUAAAUGAGAAUGCAGUCACUAGUCCUCAGCUGUUUGUGAAGUUUUUCUCUGCCUAAAGGCCCCGAAUCUCUCCUAGAUCUUGCUGUCUGCUGUUGCCUGCUCCAGGCAGCAGUGGAGAAUGCACUGCAGGAAGAGCAGGUUUUUGAGUCAUUCUCUGACCUCCCUGCUCCAACAACUGUCCUGGGGGAGGAGGUUGGUGCUGCCUGUCCUCCUUGUCCCACCAGCCACACUGCUCUGCACUUCGCGGACUCUGUUGCCCAUUUGCUCCCAGGCCACAGUGACCACCAUAACCCCUUUCCUCUGGCUCCCUGCAGAAGGUGGUUGUCGGGGCUGAGAAGUGAGUGCUAGAGUUCGGGAAGGCUCUGAGUGUCACUUGGCUGCCUGUGGAUCCUGGGUGUUACUGUUCCUGCCCCUGGUUGGCCUUUGGAUGAAUUUGGGAAGUCCACAAACAGCGUUAGCUUUGGAGAGUGUUGCUUCUCCACUCACUGCCCCUGGAACAGGCGACAGGAGGCAUUUUUCUCAAUGUGUCUGACCUCAGUGCACUUUCCUUGUUUUUCUGAAACAUGGACUGUCCUUUACUUUUCUGCAGCCAGUCCUCUAACAGAUCACCAGGAAGGGACAAACUUAAGUUUUGUUUCCAAAGCCCUUUAGAACAGUCCCUAAAUUCAGAUGGUGGAUGAGAGAAAGCAACUUGACAUGAAUUAUUCUUCCCGUGUGAGGACCCGGUGUCAGAGUCUAAAAAAUGAUGUGCAAAAUAUUUGAACCACUUUCUACAUCUCUCAAUGUGGUGUAGGCAAUUCAUAUGCCUGUUCUUUGACCUUGCAGGAUCCCAGUUGACUCUCAGAAGCCAGGGUCACGUGCAGCAACUUUCUAAUUGUUCUAACAGUGAGGAGUUGUUUAUCAUUGACUCUUGUAUAUUCCUGAUUGUUGUGUAUCUCAUCUCUGAAAUGUUGAAGUCUGCAAAGAGAGCUUGGGUUCAUCAGCUCUCCAGUAGCUUCCCAUUGUACUAGCUGUCUGCUUCCUGUCCUCUCCCUUCCUCACCCAGACUAAGCACCCCUGUGCUGCCCUGUGCAGAGGGGAGAUGCUGCCUGGAGUCAUUUUCUGAUGUGCCAGUAGGGGUGCUGCUGUGCAGGGUGACUGCCUGCCCUGCUCCCCACUGACCCCCCAGAUCUUGUACUACCUCUGUCUCCUUCAGGCAUUGGGAUACCUAAGUCACGUCAAAACUGCCAAUUUCAGGACUGAGAUGUGUUCAAAAACUUAAAGAAUCCACUUAGUACUUUAGCUUUUAAAACUGGGAAGAAAAUGUGAUAUACUUUGGACCACUUUUUUUUUUUAAUUUAUAUAAGCCUUAAUGAAUGGUGUAUAUACACUUGCGUACGCACACUCCACCCCAGAGUGUUUUCAGUGUGUGAGAAAAUGCUGUAGCUUUAGUAUGUGAGCCUUUGUAAUGAUUCCUAAGAAAAGGGGUAGCUUUCUGUUGGUACAGAAUUUUCCAGGAAAACCACUCCUUUGACAUCUCUCCUGUAUUAAAGAUGUUGCCCUCAAAGCAAUGCAUGUUUGAAGCGCAUGUCUCUUUGCUGGUUUUAUGUUUGUAAGGAAUAAUGACAUCACUUCGUGUACUGCAUUCUCGACCUGGCACCAGUGCAUCGAAAGCCUUUCUCAGGAACAUAACCUGCAUCGACAGAAGCCUGUGUUCCCGUUUAAGCCAGUCUACCCCUCGUAUCUGGACUGAUUUCACCUAGUUUGUCAUGGUUUCCUUCAUGUUAAUUUUGUGUGACUUUGUUCUUACUACUCUGUAUGUAACAUACCUGUAUACCUACAUAUGCUGUCCAAAUAUAUGUGUAUAUAUUUGUAUAGCAUUUUUACACCUCUACAAGUAAUCCGGUUUCAAAAGGGAGAGCUCAGUCCCUUCUGCAGUUUUCUCCAAGCUGUGUGCUGAGAAUUCUGAUGCUCAGAGCCGAGAGAACCCUAGGAAAAAGAUGUUAAUUCGCUGUCAUUUAUUAAUUCAGGAUCUGUUAUCAAAUGAAACCUGAAAAAAAAAACUGACUUUAAGGUGAAAAGUGUUUCAAGCAUUCCAAAUGAAUUCUCAAUGUUUCAUAACUUUUUAUUAUAAACCCACCUCCUAAAAUGAAGCCAAGUACUAUUUGGUCAAACAAAACCAACUACCUUGAUUUUUUUUUUUUUUUUUUUUUAAGGACAACUUAUGGAUAAUGCUCAUUUUCACAAUCAGAAUAGCUUUAAAAUACGGUUGAAUUUGAUACAGGAAAAGUUUUGUUCAAGAACAAGUCCUUUUUGCUUUUCUUGAGCGCUAAAGAGAAACCGUCGCUUGUUUUCCUGACAGCAAAAGAGUAAUGUGGCAAAAUGAAGUCAUUGUAAAAAGUGAUGCGACUUGUCGAAUAUUUAAUAAAGAAUUAUGGAAGCUGGAGCAUUUUCUACAGCAAAUAUUA